AUUAAUCAUGAUCAUCAUAUUGUAAUACACGGCUAUUUAUUGUUGUUGUUAUUUGUUGCUGUUGUUGAUAUCUGCUGGCUGCUGCUUGCCGCUUUGAGAUUACGGUUUCGCGGUAGGGUACGCACGCGUUACGCUGAAGUGUAAUACUGUAGUUACUUAACUACUAACUAUAAUAAUAUAGUAACAUCGUAUAUCGCCGUUACUAUUAUUGUUAUUCGUCGUCAUCGUCGUGAUUUCAUAGCACGAAUUGAGAUAUAAUUAAGAUAUUAAGGUGUAUCUUAAUUCGUGUUUCAGAGUGUGUCAUAAAUCGAGUGCCGGGUAAAAUGACUCGAAGUUAGCGUGCCGACCACGGCCGCCGCCGCCAAUGGUCGUCGUCUUUGACGGGGGUGUGGUACUGGUGGUGCGGCAGCCGCAGUCGGAUUCCGCUCGAAGGAGGAACGCCGUCGCCGUCGCGUGCGAUCGGCGCGCGUAUUGAUAUUGUCCCCGAGCGGCCGAAGUCGCCAUGUCCGAGAAGCAGCCGUGCACUUACCGGCAAACGCGGUUUCACCGGUUCCACGGUUACAACCUGAGCCUUCACGAACAGGACACGGUGGCCCACCGGGAGAUGAGCUUCGCCAACGCCAUAGUGUUCAGCGAACAAUCGCUGUCGCCGGGCGAGGUGUUCCUCAUCGAGAUCGAGAGCAGCGAGAAUGGCUGGUCCGGACACAUACGACUGGGCCUGACACAGCUCGACCCAGACGCGCUGCAGCGCAGCGGUCAUCUGUUACCACAGUGCGCUAUACCGGACAUGGUAUCCAACAAGACGAUGGGCGAAUCGUGGGUAUGCGCCCUAACCAAACACCAGGCUUGGUACGACGCCAACUAUCUGACCAACUACUUCCGGCUGGACGGUAAUCACGUAUUCACAUCCCGGGGUACAUUUCCAACCAGCAUUCUGAAGUCGUCAGGCCACGAAAAAAUGGACAUCUUGCCGACGGACGUGGGCAGUCGGGUCGGCGUGUUGUAUUUGCCCUGUGGCCAGAACAUGGCUGUUAUGCAUUUCAUUAUCAACGGUGAGUUUGUUGUUCCACUUUCGAGGACCAUACCGUAUAACGAUGGUCCUAUCAGAGCAGUCAUUGAUGUAUACGGUGCCACUAAACGAGUCCGUGUAAUACAAGUAUACAAUGUUAAUUCGUUGCAGAGUGCGUGCAGGGAGACUAUUCUGAAGAAUAUCAAAGCAGCAUCCGUAUCAAAAUUACCAUUACCCAAUGCUCUUAAAGAGUAUCUCCUAUAUAAGACUUAAUCUGGUGAUUACUAUUCUAAGUUUUUAACCCUAAUUUUAGUUUUCAAGCUGUAAUUGUAUUUUUCUUUUACCAUCACUGUACAUUUUAUAAUUUAUUUUAUUGUUUAUAUUUUGUGCCUGAACAACAGAAUAUUUUGUGCAAUACCUAUAUGAUGUUUAAUAUAUAUUUUUUUUGUUUUGUUCGUCAAAA